ACCAUCAUGUGCUACGACCGCUACGUUGCCAUCUGCAAACCCCUGCACUACGGGACCCUCCUGGGCAGCAGAGCUUGUGCCCACAUGGCAGCAGCUACUUGGGCUGCUGGCUUUCUCAAUGCUCUGUUGCACACAGCCAAUACAUUUUCCCUGCCCCUGUGCCAGGGCAAUGCCCUGGGCCAGUUCUUCUGUGAACUCCCACACAUCCUCAAGCUCUCCUGCUCACACUCAGGCUACCUCAGGGAACUUGUGAUUCUUGUGUUUCAUCUGAUUGUGUCAGUUGUGUACUCAGUGGUGUCUCCAACACUGAACCCCCUCAUCUACAACCUGAGGAACCAGGAGCUCAAGGAUGCCCAGAGGAAACUCUUAACU